AUGCGAGGCAUCAUCCAACCGAACACUAAUUCAAAAGAACUAUCCUUCACCACCCUGCCCACUCCAGCAAUCAACCCAUCACUGGGAGAACAUCUAAUCCAAGUCAAAACAUGCGCCCCCUGUGCCGGAGAACUCCUCUGGCCAAAGAACUUCCCUCCGCCAAAUCCCCGUGAGUUAGUUCCUUGCCCAGACGUCGCAGGAGUAAUUAUCUCCGGACCGGAAGAUUCGCCAUUCCAACCAGGCGAUGAAGUCUACGCACGGACGAACUAUAUCCGCCCAGGCAAUGCGCGAGAAUUUACCAUCGGGCUCACGGAUGAAUUGGCCCAUAAACCCAAGACCCUGAGCUGGGUUGCAGCCGCCGCGGUGCCAGUCUCUGCCGAGACGGCGUGGCAGAUUCUAUUUAUUCAUGCGGGUAUCGCUGGAGAUGCGGAGGCUGACUUGGGUACGGCUCAAGACGCGUGGAAAGGAAAGAGGGUGCUUGUCACUGCUGCUUCGGGCGGUGUUGGAAUGUGGGUGGUUCAGUUGGCUACUCUGCUCGGUGCGGAGGUCGUGGGUACAUGUGGUACUGCGAAUAUUGCGCUUGUGCAGUCUCUUGGUGCGAAGGAGGUCCUUGAUUAUCGGUCUACUAAUAUCCGCGAGUGGGCGGAAGAUCCUGUGAAGAAGGUGGAUGUCGUUAUUGAUUGCAUUGGGAGGCAGUCACUUGAGGAUGCUUGGUGGACGGUUCGCGAUGGAGGUGUGGUUCUUAGUAUCUUCCAGCCACCCAAACAGGUUUGCCCUGCAGAAUAUACAGGAACAGAUGUGAAGGAUGUGUUUUUUGUCAUGGAACCUGUCAGAAGACAUCUGGAAAGUAUCACAAAGCUGAUUGAACUUGGUACUUGUCGUGGCAUGAUAGACAGUGUAUGGCCCUUGGAGCAAUAUGAGGAAGCAUUCAAGAGAUUGGAUGGAGGACAUGCGAGAGGGAAGAUUGUUUUCGAUUUGUCUCUGAAUCAGUAG